AGCAGACGCGUCGCGGCAACCAACUGGACAGCCAGCCUCGACACACCAGGUCCGUCGAACGCCGGUCUUACCUGGCCCAAGCCGUGAGUCAAUCGAGCUUCGAUUGUGCGCGAUUCUUUCUUUUUUCCAUUCCUUUUUGCAUCUUUGACUUGAAUGAUACCAGUGUGAAUCGGGCCUUAAAUCGCGUUGCGUGAAUAGUGCGAUUUAUUUGAUUUCGAGAAGAUACGAGGACGUUUUACCUGAGUACAGAGGUACUUUGGAUUAGCAAACAUUCCCGAGACAGCUGCCGCAUGUUUGGAACUUGAAGUAGAUUGUAUGAGACCCAGGGAUUUUGGGACUGAUCUUGCGGAAGCGUGUGCAAAGUUUCUCUUUUUGCGAAAUAGUGUAAUUUAGUGGUGGUACCUUAGUGCGGGGUUCUGUGUGGAUGACAGACGCAAGUCCAGGUACUGUUCAUGCUAUGCAAAAGAGGAAGUAAGGAGGAACCAGUGACAGAUCUGAGGAGGAUACUUGGAAUUGGAACGCCCUGAAUCAUGAGUAGCGUGAGAGGGAGUCCGGGACCUGGUAAAGAGGCUAGAGAGACAUGAACGUCUGGCCGAAUUAGAUUUUGAGAUAAAAAAUGGUGUGAAUCACAAGGAGAGUAUAGAAGCUUGAUCCUUGACUGGGAUCGUGGAAGAAUAGGCAUUGGUUACUCUGUCAAAAUCGAGAAUAGAGACUCCGGUUGAGGGCCGACGGCGCACGCCUCAGGAUGGAAACGCGACAGUACCUGGUGAUUGCCGUGCACUGAAGUACCCAGGUACAUGCUGAAGUAUUCAGAACUUCAGUAGAGGGAAAUCAUGUCGGCAAGCUCCGUGCAGAGAGCACAGCACCAGGAGCCGAUGGAGCUGCCGGAAUCGCGAGAGUCCACCAGGAUGCCGAACAGCUCUAGUAAGAGGGACGUGGACAGCGACUGCGAGAGUGACACUAGUGAAGUUCUUAGCGUAGGAAGUGAACCAACCCCUACGAUGGCUGUGGAUGUGCAAGACUCGAGUUCGAGAUUCGAGGGUGAACAGGACUUCCGGGAGGAUGGUAGUAACACCAGGACAUCGUUAACACCAUCACCGACGGCAUCGCCAGUGGCUUCACCAUCCAGUUCAAGUUGUAACGAAGCCAGUAUAUAUUAUCAUCGACCUACGACCGUCCAGGCAUCAAGUCCAGGUUACAGUCAGCCCCCGUCGUCACCGGCAGCAUCGGUCAGGUCGCCAGCGUCGUCUAGCGCCACGGCGUCGUCCCCUGGACGCUCAGAGAACCAGGAUGUGUCGUCCAGGUACACUACCUCGCAUCCUCAUCUGGUAUCCCGCUACAUUCGUGACCCGGAGGUGGUUGAUUAUCCUUCAAGAGUGCCGCCACCUUCUCUUGGCCACGAGAUCAUAUAUCCCGCUGUCGAGAGGCUCCAUAGAACCCCCAUAAGCGUGCCUCUCGUCACACGGCUGUCCCUUUCACCACCAUCGGCUGUGACAGUCUCCAAUCUUCAAACUUCGCCACCGAUCCUUCAUCCAGCCGUCUGUCGAGAACUGAGGGAUGCGUCGCCAUUGAUUCACCCCCAGCAUCUUCACAGUCACAACAAUUCUCAUAGCCACGUUCACCAAACGUCCCAGGUGCAGCACGUUCCUGCUACCACGGGACACCAUAGACUGUCAGUGAGCAAACUUUUACAGUCGUCGCCACCGCCGCCCCGGGAACCGAGUCCGGCGUCGCCACGGGAGGAGAAUGGCGUCAGGAGCGGAGCACCUAACAAUCCUAACAAUAACAACAACAACAAUAACAAUCUGCAACAUCAGGGAAACCUUAAGUUCAGCAUAGACAACAUACUCAAGGCGGAUUUCGGUAGAAGAAUCACGGAUCCAAUAUCCCUAAAGAAGUCCAGACCUAAGAAAGUCGUGCCUCGACCUAUUGACCUUACUAAAGACUUUCUCGAAUCCUCGUCAGAGGGCUCGGAAAGAGGUUCCGAACCAUCCACGACAAACACUUCUCCUGGUGUACCGACAGCCACUACGGGAACGCCUGGAACUGUUCCAGCGGCACCUGGAGCAGAACCUGGGAAGCAGAUGCUCUGGCCAGCCUGGGUCUACUGCACCAGAUACUCGGACAGACCCUCUUCCGGACGAAAAUCUUCCCGUGUGCUUUCAGGUCCUCGAACGAGAAGGGUCAAGAGGUCAAACGACGGUCGCACUUCUGGCGCAACUCCCGAGGAGAAACGGCCCAGGACGGCGUUCAGCGGCGAGCAGCUGGCAAGACUGAAGCGUGAAUUUGCCGAGAAUCGUUACUUGACCGAGAGGAGGAGGCAGCAACUGUCACGCGAUCUCGGAUUGAACGAGGCGCAGAUCAAGAUCUGGUUUCAGAACAAGAGAGCCAAGAUCAAGAAAGCAAGCGGACAGAAGAAUCCAUUGGCACUUCAGCUGAUGGCGCAGGGCCUUUACAAUCACUCGACGGUUCCGUUGACCAAGGAAGAAGAGGAGCAGGCCGCCGAGCUCCAGGCCAAAUGACGACUGUAGAAUAAUUCAAAGAUGGCGAUGUGUUCGUCCGUCAUCGAACCUGAAUUGUAGUCUGUACUUUUAAAUCGACUCGAAUCAUAUAGUCAUUAUCAUUUGAACGCAGCGAUCGACUGUCAUUUAUUUAAACCGAGGCAAAUUUUCUAUCCGUUAAAGUCAACUUGCGAUCGUUCCUCGAGGUUUUAUAAUGUACUUGCUGAUGCUUAGGUGCCAUUUUGUAAACCGCGAUUCUCUCCGAUAAUGGCGGCGGCUACUCUUCCUGCGUACCUGUACGCUUGUUUAUACCCACUGUGGGAUGAAGAUGGUCGCCCGUCGCUUAUGAACCCAACAGUCACGUGGCCUGAAUAAUUUAUUGUAAAAAAUGUAAAAUACAUUGCGAGCGACAGGCGUGAUUGCGACGUGCAAUAAAACCUUAUAAAUAUAGGAGGUAAAUAGAGUCAGCAUGUUAUAACGGAAAACGAUCUGUACAUAUUAAUCUAGAAUUCUACCCAGUGGUAAACAUCGCCUAUAGACUGUUUAAAGUAACUUAGUUAUUUAUUUACCAUUAUACAUAGUACGAACACUUAUACUCAGUACACGGAAUACACAAGACACUCGAAGACUCGUAAGCGUGUAAGAUUAUUUAAAAUUGAAUUAAAUAUUACCAAGUAUCAA